AACAUACAACAAAUUAUCUUCUUCAUAAAAGACUAGACUUUAAUUUAUCCGACAACAACAAAACUCUCUCUCUCUCUCUCUCUUUGCUGUACUUGUUCAAUGGCAAACCAAAAUCAUGAGAAUCGGGAAAGGAAGAAGGUGGAGGAUGGAGCUUUGGUAGGGUUCUCUCCGGUCUCUUCUCCUCGGAUUUUUUGGAAAUCCCGAAAGAGAUCAUCAUCAGCUAGCUCGAUGAAUAUAGACAAGGUAACAGAAGAUACUGCUGAUGAAACACCCAACAAACAGGAAGAACCUCUGAUUGAAGAGAAGGCGCAGGACUCUACUGAAAGUUCUAUGAUCUCUGAGCGUCGAAAGGCCUUGUUUGAACCAUUAGAACCAAUAAUGAAUAUAAAUGGCCGACGACCAUCAGCUGAAUCCUUACUCCCUCCACCUGACUUUGACUCCACAAACUAUCCCAAAGGCUGGCUGAUUGGAAAGAAAAGAAAGCUAGUCAAUGUGGAUGUUGUUGAGAGCAUGCGGAGGAUUGCUGUGCAGGAAAUGAACAGAAAGGACAGGGAAAUUGAUGGCCUAAAUCAGCAAUUGGAAGAGGAUGCCCAAUGCCUAGAACAUCUGCAACUUCAACUUCUGCAAGAACGAAGCAAGCGUGCAGAGGUCGAGAGAGAAAAUGCAGUGCUACAAGAUCAGAUAUCUAUGUUGAUGAACAUGUUACAUGAUAACGAGUCCAUGGGAGAAGAAGGCCCAGAUGAAGGCUCAGAUGAACCAUAGUGGUGGUUUGUUCGGUCGUUUGUUUGUUUGUUUGUUUAUUCUUUUUGUAGAAAGUUUCUAAAAAGUUGAAAUCAACCAUUCAAAACAUAGGUUUUAUAUAUAUAAUUGCACAGGUUGGUACUGCUAGUGCAUUGGAGAUGAAUACUCUUUGUUUGUAAUUGUUCCAUUAGCAUAUAUUAUGAAGUACAUAUUAUAGCAA